AUGACUAAACUCUCCUUCCAUAAAAAGCAAAAAUCAAAGAAUAGAGCUUGUAAUCUUGAUUUCAAGUCUGAUUCUGCAUUAGAACUUUUGAGCUCCAAAUCGAAAGUUGCUCCUAGAUCAGGACUACAAUUUAAGAUAGGUCCCCCUUUUCAACAAACUAUUCAGGUGUCUCACUUAUUUAUAAAAGAAUUGAACCAACCAGUUGUUCCUAUUUUGAAUGCACGUAUUGAUAGAGGUUUUGAUUUGACAAACAAUGAAUGGGUGGGGUAUAAGCGGAACUAUUUUUCGGUAGUUGCCUCGUUUUCAUUUGAAGAUUAUGGGACCAAUAAAUCGAUUUUGCAGACAAAUGGAUUUUUCAUUGUGUCUGAUGAAAAAGAAUAUCAGGUUAAGCAAUUUUCUAUUAGAUUAGUCAGCAAAUCAGUCCAAGACAACACAGAAAUUAGUUUGAUGCAACAUACAGCAAAAAGAGAUCGGGGACCUAUUGCAGAGCCACCAAUUGUUCCUGUAAUCACGGGAUCUAUCCCCAGUCACAUUGUUGUGAAAGAAGGCUCAAAUAUACGAAAGGUCUCCAAAAUUAGACAGUUUGAUUCGUUGUUUUUCCAAGACUAUAGCACCCUACCAAUAUUACAAGCUGGGUCAAUUUUAAACAAUUAUGAUAAAAAUAAAGACUAUGUUAAAGUUGUCAAGUAUGAAAGAAUUCAGUUCUCUUCUGCAAUCAACUGCAAAAAACAAUCCAUUACAGAGAAAAAAAGGUUUAUAUUGCAAAUUCAACUUUUAGCAGCUCUAAGUGGUGAGAACACCUAUGCCAUAAUAGCCAUAUCGAAUACUCCAUCUUUGAUAAUUAGAGGUCGCUCGCCUUCUUCGUACAAUAGUCAAGGAGAAGGUGGCGAACAAGCUCAGGGUAUUGAAUUCGACGAGGAUGUGCAAUCUUGUUUGACAACUGUGAAUGACAAAUACAAUGCCUACCCUGAAUCACGAGAUCUUGGUGAAUUUUCAAUAAUCGACAAUCUUCAAAAGAAUAAAGAAAACUUUGAAAUCUUAAAAGGCUAUGAUAGCAUGGAUUCUUAUACUAUAAACACCAUGAUGCUGAGUGAAGUUACUGGUAGUAACUGGUUGGGUUGCAGUAAAUUAACUUUUGAAGAACAACCAGAACUUAGUUCGCAACAAGGAUUUCCAGACAUGAAAUUAUAUUCAAGUUUAAGCCCUGUGCCAGGAUUGCUUGAACAGGACUCGGAACCAGAACUGCUUGAACCAAGUUAUUUCCUAAUGAAGUGCAGGGCAUUGGUCUUAGAGAGUUCAGAAACUAUGAUGGCCAGUCGCCAGAACACAUUCUCAAAGGAAUUUCUCAACCAUAAACAACAAGCUGCAAAUCUUGCUUAUAAAAUAUUUGAUGAUGGUGUUGAAGAUGAGGAAAGUGAUGGAGAUAUUGUUUCAAAAUAUGUAACACCUUCAGAUGUAAUGACAGCUUAA